GCAGGCCUAAGCAAAUUCUGGAUUUCUGGUCCAUCGAAGCUUCGGUUGGACCAAGCCCAGAAGCUGUCGGCUUCUUCCCCCUCAAGUUCCCCAAUCAUCUGUGGCGGCGACCGACGAGGAGAGUCCGGCUACAAGAGCACUAGAGUCACCGGGCGAUCCGAUGUCGACGAAGGAGGGUGGCACGGGCGGGCGGGAGGUGGAGGCCCCUCCGCCGGAGACGGAGAGCAUCGUGUGGAGCGAGGACGCGGGGAGGUUCCAGACGCCCGACGGCGAGCCCUUCCUCGAGUACCGUGUCCCGUCGCCGGCGGUGAUGGACAUGGUGCACACGUACGUGCCGCGGAGCAAGCGCGGGCAGGGGCUCGCCGCACGCUUCUGCGACGCCGCCUUCGCCCACGCGCGGGCCCGCGGCAUGCGCGUCCUCCCCACCUGCUCCUACAUCACCGUGCGUGAUCCCCUCUUCUCCUCUGCACCUCUGCUGCUGCCUGCCUACCCACUAGUUUUAGUUUAUUUCCCGCGUCUGAUUCUUCAGUUCAGUUCCCUGCAGUGACAGGGAAAAUGAAUCGAGGACACCCUAAUGGACAGAUUUACCUGCUAAAUCGAGACUCAAUUGGCAAAUGUUCAUAGCACUAUUGAGUUUGUGGGCAUUCCUAAUUGAGCUGUAAAUCGUUCUUCAGUUGCUGAGCUAGCUACAUCCUAAUUUAGCAAAUUUAGCCACUCUUAUCGAUUUUUUUGCUGAACUACUGAUACUGACUCCAUGCUGUGCACGGCUGCAGGACACGUACCUUCCUCGUAAUCCGGCGUUGAACGAGCUCGUGUACAAGGAUCACACGUACCUGCCUCGUAAUCCCAAACCCAGCAGCAUGUAGCUUUCUAGAAGGAACGCCCAUUUCACUUAAUCCAAGGUGGCAGCUGCUACCAAAUAAGCAGAUAUCCAGUCGAUAGAAGUGUCAAGUGUGUGAUUUGAUGGCGCCUCGUGAAAAUCCUUCAUGUGCUAUAUUUCAGAACAAUUUGAU